UGUAUGGCUGCUGGGAGUGGUUUGAAUCAUGCUUACAAAACAGAAUGUUUGCAAGCACAGAUUUAUGGAGAAAUUACAGAUGCAGUACUUGAAUAUGCAGAUAAUUGUCAGUUUAGGUUAAAUAUGGACAUUUGGCCAGUAUCAACACUGUGUACUGACAUGGCUACUAACCCAACGUUUAGCUUUCUUUUGGGUGAUUACUGUGACCCACAGUGCUUCUUUGGCACCAAAAAUGGAGGCACAACAUGUAUUUGUAAAAUUGGGUACUGGAACACAACAUGUGACACUGAAUGUCCAGGAGGAGCAACCAAUCCAUGCUCAGGAUAUGGAUCAUGUGAUGACCAGACAGGAGCAUGUGCCUGUCCUCUGAACAAGCAAGGAGCAGACGAUUGUUCUUUAUGUUCUGAUGGAUGGAUUGGACCAGAUUGUCAAAUUGCAGAAAACAAUCUAAAUGGUAAUAAAUCAGUUGCUUUCGCAUCCCAACUUGGUCAUAUGACAAACUUAGAUGGUUUGAGUUUUAUAGUACGAGAACCAUCAGUGUACACACUGCUGACAGUUAGUGAUGUGCUGGUCAUACAAGGAAAAUUCAUCAUAUGUCAUCAAAACUACACCUGUAUUACAUUUUUAUCUGUCCGUCUUGGAGAUUCCACACACGGAUAUGCCACAAUCACAAUCAAAGCUCCAAAACUGGACACUAACAAACCUAUUGUCUACCUUGAGAACCAGGAAACAUCAGUUGAUGAGACCUUGUACUUUCAUGGAUUUUACUUGGAGAGAUUAGAUUUAGAUGAAUUAAAGAUGACCAUUGCUGACAAUGCAGAGAUUUUAGUUAGAUUACAAGGCCAAUAUCUAACCAUGGAGUUUUUGUUAAAUUUCAAGUACCUGGAAUUGACAAGUGGAUUGCUAAGUGGAUCAGGAGAAGACAAUUCAACACUCAAACUUGAACAGCUACUGUAUAGAGAAAUAUAUUCACCAGAUGUGUGCACAUACUCAGGAAGUAUUCAAGGAUCUUCACCCUCGCCUAUAGUGUACACUUUGGAUUUUAACAGUGUAGUAUUGGCUAAGAAUACAUCAUUAUCUAGUUCACUUGACUUUACCAGAUUUGCAGUAACAUCUUGCAAUGAAUUCAUACAUUACCCAUCUAUACAUGAAAAAAAACAAAAUGUUGGUGGGUACAGUUUAAAUUUUGCCUCAUCUAUAAUAUAUGGUGACGUAGACUUGUACACAAGCAUUGGGUCCAAUAUAACAUUUGAAUUCCUUACCAAGUUAAACAAUGAAACAGACAAAGGAGGUGUGUUGUUCUCAUUUAGUAACAGCAAAUUAUUCAUUGUUCAAGUAUAUUCUGACUCUGUUCAGAUAAUUUAUGAAAAUCAAACAUAUACAACAAAUCUAACCUUACAAUACAAUGAGUGGAACAAAGUAGUGGUUAUGUAUUACGGAGAAUUGGGAGACUUUGAUAUAUAUGUCUUCAACAGUGAAGGGAACAUCAAAAGAAGAAGCUAUGUUUUGCCAUUAAACAUAUUCAGUGAUCCUGGAACAUUAUCCAUAGGUCAUUGGCAGCCACCAUAUAAUGGUAAAGUACUCACAGCACCAGAGGCAUUCAGUGGACUAAUAGACAAUUUCUUGGUUUGGAAAAUAUCGCUAGAACCGAACAUUGUAACUGACAUUUUUCAAAAAGAUCCGUUGGAUAUACAACAUUUGCUAAGUUCUCUAUGGCAAUUUGAUGAGGGCCAAGGCUCUGCAACAUCUGACUAUCUCCAAGGAACUGUUAUUAAUUUACCUAUAUCACCAUGGGUACCACCCGAGUGGAUACCAUCCGAUGUGUACUAUGUAAAGAACACGUAUCCAAAAGUCACUUAUGUGUACUAUGCAAGUUCAACUAUUCAAACACAGGCAGAAAGUAUAUGUCACCAAAUUGUAAAUAAUACACACACGUCAUGCAGCAAUGUAUCUUCAGCAACGAAACAAAUAUUUUACACAGCUUGCCUUCAAAUAUACAGUGCAACCGUCAAUUUGCCAUCUGCAUACAAUGUGAUUUUGAGUUUUGGAAAAAUAUGCCAGACAUCUCAAGAUCUUCUUGCAUCCCCAACAACUAUAUUGUGUAACAGCAUAACAACAAUUGACAAAGAGAACAGUGGAUGUUCUAGAACCUGUGUUUAUGGAGAAAUAAUAACAGAUGGUUCUUGUUCUUGUGCACAUGGCUAUUAUGGAUCAUCAUGUACUAAUAUAUGCCCUGGUGGAUCUGAUUCACCAUGUAACAACCAUGGAACAUGUAACACAGCAGGGCUUUGUGAAUGUGUCUGGAACUGGAAUGGAUCAGUGGAUUGUGGAACAUGUACUUCAGGAAUGAAAGGACCAGACUGCAGAGUUUUGUACGAGGGUUCCUCUCAUGGCACAAAAGCAUAUAUUACAAGCAAGGCCGACUUCAUGGGAUUUAAUGGUUAUCAGAUAUCAUUAGAUACAAUAUCUGGAGUAUAUACAGUGUUUGACUCCCCAACAAACUUUGCUGUGGAAGUUUAUCAAGUGAACUGCAUAUUUGGCUCUUGUAUUAUUGGAGUUUCAAUAAAAACAUCAUCAACUCAAAUUGUAAUUUUACCAUCAGGGCAAGAUGAUAUGCCUCCAAUCGUUUAUCAGGAUACAGUUAAAUUAGUGUAUGGUGUGACUACCGUUAUGUCAGAGAUGACAAUGGAAUUGAAAUCAUAUAAUGACCUCCAGAUUUCUAUUGGAACAAGUACUAUCAAAAUAACUGUACAGAAUCAAGGCAUAGAUAUAGCAUUGGAAGUUCAAUCUUCAGUCUGUUCAAUAGCAACUGGAAUCAUUGGAAAUUGUACUGGGACAAGUGAUACCUAUGAAACUUACAGUCAAAAUGAACUCAUGCAUUAUGUAGAAACUGCGUAUGUUUCUGUUGAUGGGCCAAUCGUUCAUACAUUGUUAGCUGUGUUUGGUCAAAAUGUGACAUUAAACUCUGGGUUCGCUUUGGCAUUUAAUCAAACUUCAUCUGUAUCAGAGACAUUAAUAUAUAGAGACAAUGACACAGUGAACAGUCAAGCAUUCAGUCUAAGUAUGUACUUCAAACCUACUGCAGAAGGAGGUGUUUUAUUGGCAUACAGUAAAAAUACAACAUUCUCAAUACUUAAUAGUAAUCCAGUUACAAUAGAAUGUGGAACAAAAUCAAUCUCAACAACUAUCAGUCCACACAUUGGUGAAUGGAAUCAGGUAAUCAUAACAUUUGAUGGAACCAACAACCAGAUAUACUUCUAUCAUUACGGUCCGAAUAUAACUAUCAGUUAUGGAGUAAUAAGUGAUUUCUGUCCGAACUUAUUCUUGGAAGGUGGGAAGAUUGCUCUAGGAGAAUGGAUUCCAUCAUUUGAAUCAGAGAAGUAUACUUACACUGGGUCGUUUGUUGGAGAAAUAGAAGAGGCAUCCAUCUGGAAAGACCCAAUACUACCUUCACUUAUUUUCCAGGCAGAGAGUCUGAAUGUAAAAUUAUCAGGAUUUCUAAACAAUGUUUCAUCGUUAUGGUCAUUUUCUGAAGGCGUUGGAUAUACAGCAUUUGAUAGUGUUUUAGGAAAUGACAUGAGUCUUCCAAGUUCCCCAUGGCAGUCACCUGUAUGGGUAGUAUCUGACAAAACAUUGAAAGUUAUAAAUGAUGAAGUUGUCAUUAAUAUCAAUACUCAACAAGAAGCUGUCAGUCUUUGCACAAAUUUCUUUACUGCUGUUUCAAGUUCCUGUAGCAGUGUUUCAUCAAGUACUACAUUCUGGUUUAAAAAUCAAUGCAUCUUACUUGGAAGUUCUACUUCAAAUGUUAGUGACAGUAUUACCGUUAUGAUAAGCUUUGCAACCGUAUGUGGUAUAGCUGGAGGCAGUACAAGUGCAUUAUUUAAUAGUAUGUGUAGCUUGAAUACAUCUGUACCAUUCUGGCUUUCACAAGUUUGUAACAACUGCGGAUUUGGCUAUUUAGGAUCAGACGGAGCUUGUAUUUGUUACUAUGGUUUCCAUGGAACCCACUGCGAUCAAUUCUGUCCGAAUGGAAUUACUUUACCCUGUAAUGAUAGAGGAGUAUGUGAUACAAGUGGUAUGUGCCAAUGUGAAGGUCACUGGUCUGGAUCAGCAUGUAGUAGUUGUGCUACAGGAUGGGAAGGAAACGAAUGUGUUGUCAUGGCAACGGGACAACCUGCUAAUCAGUCCGUGUUAGUAGCACAAAUAAGUACAAACGGUCAGAUGAUCUCUUUUGAUGGGCAUCUAGUUGAUUUGACUAUCAAAGGCGUAUAUUUAUUAUUUGGACACUCAGAUGAAUUAGUUAAUGUUUACGGACACAUGUCAACAUGCUAUGAUACUCUCAGGCCACAUCUUUGCUUAAGAGAUAUUGUCAUCGAUGUCGAUGGUACUUUUUAUUAUAUCCGAUCGAAGAACAGCUUCAUGGAGUCUAAAGUUGUAAUAUACACAAAUUCGGCUGAAAUAAACGUUUACGACAAGUAUACCACUAGUAAAAUGGAAAUUUUAAUCUCCCAAACUAAUUUUCUAUCAGUAACCUUCAUUAAUAUGGAACUAUCAGUCAAGAUGAUAUACGUAGACAAUGGACUCAUUAUGACAAUGUCAUACUUAAAUAACAAAUGGAUUUCUGAAGCAAUCCUCAUAGAUGGCAUACUUACAUCAUGCGAAACAAAGUCUGCUAUUCAACUGGCUGCUUGUAACUCUUCAAGAACAAGUAUUUGUACCAAUUCUGUCAAUACCACAUCAGAAGGUUCCUGUGUCGGUCAGUUGAACUUCCUUGCAGUUGAGCUCUUCAUGAACAGCUAUGUAUUUACCGACAAUAUUGUUAAUGAAAAACUAGAACGACAGUACAUUAUAACAGGUCCAGCUUGUCUCCUGUUUAGUGGAUCAGGGAUUUACGUUAGCGAAGUUGAAAUGCCGACAACCGUCUUUACAGUCGAAUUCCAUGUCAAACCAACAGCCGUCAAUGGACCGAUGUUAACAUAUCAUACAGCCAGUCAUCAAACUAUUGUCGUUAACUACAAGACUGGUAUUGUCAUUAUUGCUGAUGAGAUCGUGUAUCAAACAAAUAUUUUAAUUGAGCUUUAUGUAUGGAACCAAAUUAAUCUCGUUUGGAAACCGAAUGGUUAUAAACUAGAAGUUUACCUUAUAUCGGGUUCAGGUACCACCGUUGUGAAGGAAAUAUCAUGUCCGUUCAAUAUUUUCGAAACAGGAGGAACCCUUACAGUGGGACAAAUAGGUGAUGGCGUUACUUCAUUGUUUCCAAUCGGUACAUUCAAUGGAUUUAUUGAUGAACUGAGGAUAUGGACACGUCCACAUAGUCCAUCAAUUGUCAGAAACAAUUGGAGAAUUUCUGUAACAGAUAAGACACCAGAUCUUCAUGCAGUAUGGUCAUUAAAUGAAGGAACUGGUUAUGUAGCAUCAGAUCUAAAAAAUUCACAGCACAUGUAUAUGGUAUAUUAUGACAAAACACCUACUUGGGCGGCAUCAGACUUAGACCUGAGCCCAGGUGUUGAUUUAAAACUUCCCGAAUUGACAACAUUGACACCACUUAAUACUGCUAUAGAUACAACACGAUGCGAUGAACUGCUGAAAUCUUCAGAAUUAACAACUAACUGUGCUGGUCUGGAAAACAUUUUAUCAUCUUUACAUGACCAGUGUGUGAUCUUAGUGCAAACAACAGGAAAUCCCGAUAUGGCAGAAGUUAUACUCUUAAGCUUUUCUGAUUACUGUAAGGACGCUAAAAAUUUAACAGAUUCGCCAAUUAAAAGUAUGUGCAACCUAGUAGAUGUAUUUGAAGAAUAUGUAUCAUGGUAUGGAGGAUCUUGCAGUAAUGAAUGCAUUUUUGGAUUUGCAAACAAUAGUAUUUGCUCAUGUGAUUCAUCCCAUUAUGGAUCAUCUUGUUCUGGUGUGUGUGAGCUAGGACCAAUGGGAGCUUGUAAUUCACAAGGAACAUGUGAUUCGUCAUCUGGACAAUGCACUUGUCAUGCUCAUUGGUACGGACAAAGUGUUUCAGUCUCACAAUAUUGGAGAUCAUUCUCAACAUUGUUUACCGCUACCAUUUCAGUUUCUUCUUAUUCAUGCGUAGAUUGUUCACUUGGAUGGCAUGGAACUGACUGCAAUUUUGUGGUACAGAAUAUUGAAGGUCGUCAGUCAUACGCGGCUGGUUUAAUAUUCGCGUCAUACAUUACAACUUUAGGAGGUGCAUCAUAUAGAAUAAUAUUACCAGGAAUCUACAAUGUGUACAGUGUUGCAGGAUUAUCAGUUCAAGCCGUUUUCUGGCCAUGUAAUGGCGACAUCUUUUGCCGACAAAUUAAAGAAAUUUCUAUUAAUAGUGGUGGACAAACUGUCAGUGUAAUGAGAUACAAUGAUACAUUACAACCAAUGCAUGUUAGAGGCUCAACAACCUUUGAAUUUCCAACAACAACAACAGUAGCGGGCAUAAGUAUAAAAUGGAUUGUCAGCGAGUACAUCCGAAUAACAGUUGGAUCGUUUACCGUAUUGGUAGCAGAUAGUAACAUCGGACUUAUCUGUCGAUUUAAAGUAGGUAAAGAUAGUGGACGGACAGCCAGAGGAUUACUUGGUAAUGCAGACAAUACAUGGUGGAUGGACCUUGUAUCACCAACUGAUCAGUCCGGUGUAAAUUCCUCAUUCAUUGAUCAAGGUUUAUCGGCUACAUAUACUGGUUCGUGGACAAAGAAAGAGUUUGGUUCAUCACUUAAAUCAGUUCACACUUGGCACACAGACCGACAACAGAAUUUAUCAACAUCAGGGUACCUGCUUCAUUUAACAUUACAAACUGCUACUUAUACUAACAUACAUAUGACUAAGGAUAUAACUGCGUUUACAAUUUCUUUCUGGAUUCGAAUACAGGUACAUCUAAGAAAUCAAGUUCUUAUUGUUUAUCAGAUGGAUGGUCAAAAUCUAACUUUAUCAGCUGAAAAUGGUAAUUUAGGAAUACAUUGGGGAAAUACCUGGACAUCUGCAUUAGAAAUGAAAGUUGGUUCAUGGAUAUAUACAGCUAUAACAUGGAAGUCUGUAGAUGGCGAGUUCCUUAUCUAUAUGAUGACCGAUGGAGGGUUACAGUACAAAGCGAUAAGAAAUGUUCAUGUAUCAUCUGUAUUCAAUAUUGAAGGGAUGUACUUGUUUGGAAAUAACGAUAGCCCAUUGGAAAUCGAUCAUGCUAGAAUUUGGAAAGUGUCGAAAUCUCUCGACACUAUUCUGUCUGGAAUGUCCGUUUACGUUGAUGACAUAACUUCAGAUAACGAACUACUGUCAGUAAUUGGAUUCGAUGAAGGCACAGGACUUGUUUCAAAUAUGGCAACACCUACGUCUUCUAGCACAACACAAUUGCCCGGUACAAUUACUGAACCAGAAAGCGAUGAUUUAUGGCUUCCUUCUGACAUACCAACUGCAAAAUCAUACUUACCGAAAGACACUGCUCCAUCAAAUGUAAAUGCGUCUGUUUUGAACGAUUGUAUUGCAGCAUUAAACAACUCUGAUGUACAGCAAUAUUGCAACGAUGUAAGCAACAUUACAGAAUUCUUUUUGGAAGCUUGCUUGAUGGACUAUGCAAAUGUUGGUGAAAACGCUACGUACAUACUGCUUGUACAUAACCUAAUAUUCUACUGUCAAUCAACUUUCAAUGUCGAUGAAUGCAAAUUGAAAGACUAUUUUGAUUACUGUACUGACACCGAUACAGAAUCAAAAGACGAAAUAAUGCUGAUUAUUAUAAUUGCUAUCUGCUGUAUAAUACCCAUUAUCAUAUUCAUGUUAUGUUGUUGUUGUUGGUGGAAAGGACUUCUCUGUUUCAAAAAGAAGAAACCUGUUACAGACAGUCAUAAGGAAAAGAUCGUAAAAGAAGAUUGUGAGGAGGAUGUUGAUGAAGAUAUGGCCUACUCCAGAAGUAGAAUAACUUCACGUAACGGAAACUUCUUAUUUGAAGACAAUGAAGGAUUUGGCCGGCUUGAUUCUCGUACCGGUUCUGCCUUAUCAGCAUCAGAUUUCCCUAUUCUCUUAAGCUUUGAUCCAAUUGAGGAAGAAAACAUGGCUUCGCCAGCUCCACCUCGUGGUACACUCUUCACCCCAGCUCCUACUCUAUCUAAACCAUCUCAUUCAGGUGGUCCAAGGAGUAAAUCAUCAUUACUAGCUACCUUGAGUAGUAUUAUUCCACAAGUGAGGUCUAGACCGAAAGGAGAUCAUCCAAGCCCUGCCGAUAUACAAAUUCAGGAUACUAAUAUGGAUGACGAAGGAAACCAAAAUGUUUCACUACCAAAUCCCAUGACAUUUAGUAGGCAUACAAACGCAACGCCAGUUUUUGGUAAAAAAUCUCCGUCAGUUUUCACAAAACAGUCAUCAGCUACUCCUGUAUUUGGUAAAUCUCAAUCGAACGGACAGUCGAAACAAGAACUUGAUGAUAACGGCAGACCAGUUUCCGCAUCCUCUGUUGGAUCAAGAGCCAAAUCUCACUCGCCGUUCGUUAUACCGGGUAAUAAUGACGAUGAAAGGAAAGUGGAAACAGCCAGUCCAUUCCAACCUGAAGACGCCCAUUCAUAUUCUGUCAUGAACAGAGGUUAUUCGCCGGAAGUCGGAGAGAUGGAGCCUGUUUUCUCAAAAUCUCAUCAUGAGCCGUUACCAGUACUGACUGAGGUCCCAUCAAUGGAAACAUUUAAACCCGAAAACAUUGGAAAGAAAAAAAGCCAAAGGAAGGGCAGAAAAACUAAAGCUGCUGAUGCAAUACAUGCACCCGUUGGAACUACGACAGGAAAUGAUUAUUCUGGCAAAAAUUCUGCAAAUAUUGGAACGGUAGCGCCUAUGUUACCAAAGUCCUUACCUAUGGCGAGUAAAAUAUCGCCAUUCGAAACAUUCAAACCAAACACUGAUGGAAAGAAAGGAACUGGAACUAAAGGGAGGACUUCAAGUGCAUCGGAUGCUCUGCACGCACCAGAUGGAACUCUUUUCGAAAAGGUCGAAGAAGUAAUUAUCCGACCUCCAUCGUAUAAGGCACCAUCAUCGCCCGGACUUUUGAUAGAUUUAGACGAUGCAUUUGAUUAGUGUCCAGACAUUUAUAGAAUGAGACACAUGGUCAUGAUUUUUAAAACCAAAAUGUGAUAUGAUUUGUGAUUUAUUUGUUUUUAUUCGUCCAUUUAAUAGCUUUACUUCAUAAUUAUUCGUCCUUAUUUUUACUAAUUUUUUAUUUCUACAUUUUAUUUUUAUUAAUGCUAUUGUAUUGUUUCUUGGGAAUGGAAAUUAAUUAUAUAUUUUUUUAUGUAUCAUGUGUCCUCAAUAAUUAAGCCGUUGUCAUAUUAGCCAGACAUUUUUUUUUAUUUAUCCAUAAUUAACU